GCGGGAGCAGGCCAAGUUUCAGUCGCGGGGACACGCGUGGGUGGUCGAGAGUUACGCCCGCGCGGUGCGCGAACCCAACUUCAACGGCAUCACCCAGUUUGUGUGGGGGGACUCGGGAAUCAUUCCGGGGGAGACCGAUGCCCGGAUUUUCCGCGAUUUCGGGCACUGGCCAGGGGCGGACAUGGCUUCGCUGGGGAACGGGUACGUUUACCACACUAACCAAGACACGUUCCAGCACCUGUGGAACGUGCGGGGAGACCUGCUCAUCUACGGUCGCAACGUGCUAGCGCAGUUUCGGAGUAUGGCUCUCUACAUCCAGGAGCAAGAGGUGGCCCUGGCAGCGGUCCCGCUUUCUGGGGGAGAGGACGGAUAUAAUCAUGAUAAACCAGAACACGAUGAUCAUCAUGCGGAUGAAGACGAGCAUCGCGGCAGAAAGGUCGCUAGCGGACCAGGUCGUGCCUUGUUUGCGGAAGUAGACAUGUCGGAAGAAGAUGUUGUUGAAAAUGGGACCACUGCUGCAAGCCGCACCGCACGAUUUGAGAAUUUCUUGCACUUGUUUGCGAUCUACUACGACGAUAGGCACUCGAGCCAGGUGUGGGGAUGGGUGCUGACCGUGAUCAUUCUUCAAUGCUCACUCGCGGUCCAGCUUGCACGAAAAUUCUCGAACAAGGGAAAAAAGACCGAAACACAGUCGGAGCACGCCACCACGACGACCUUUGCUGUGGUCGAAGUUGCGUUUCCCUUCCUGGAAUCGAUUGCAACCCGUGCAGCUGGGCUGGUUUUGCGGCUCGUCCUCCUGCUGCUUUUUGGUGCCCUGUUUCCGGUCAUUACGUUGGACUUCUGGGGGUACACGCACAGCUAUUUUGCGCAGCCGCUCCUACUCAUGCUUUUAUACGUGCUUCCGAUUUGCUUGUUUGCGGACGUCGUAUUUCGCAUGCGCAGUGCUGGUGCCUCAUGUGGUAGUACGAGUUGGAAGGCGUCAAGUCAAGAUGGUCUCGGUCCGCAGCAAGAUGGAAGAUCUCUCGCCCAGGAGGACCAGGACCACCUGUCUGCGGAUCAUGUUGAGGAAAACAACAACACAAGUACAACAUCCGAGAACAGCAACAUCGCCCCGCUUCUUCGCGCGAAGGAGGACUACGGGGCGCUGGGGUUCGUUUUGGGCAGCGCGUUCCUACUUCGUUCCUUCACCGCCCUUAUCAAAUGUAAAAAUGUCUGGGUCUGGAAGAGUCCAUGUUUGUCAUGCGUGUCUGGCAUGACUCUCAAAUCUGUCAUGCACGUUACCAAAGAGCGCCACUUUUCUGUCAUGCAGAAACGCAGUUUGUCAUGCAGAAUAGGCAACACGUAGAAGCUCAGAAACUUCUCAUGCUGAGCCAGCACUUGUGGCUUCCUCAUGAUAUGCCACCCAGCAUCACAAGUUUCCAGACCCAGACAUUUUUACAUUUGGUAGCCCUGUCCAUCAUAUGGCAGAGUUGGAUCGUUUCCCUGAGUACCCGCGCACUCGUCCAAGUCGUGGUUUCGGCUUUCGAUAAAGACCUGCACGACCACGAAAGCUCUGUUUCUGGGACAGCAAAGAACCGGGAGACGAGACCCCCCGGAAUAAAAAACGCUGGGCCGCGCGCCAUCCGUGCAUUCAUCGCUCCCUACGUCUCUCUGUGGAAAGCGGUAAUUACACUUCCCGCCUGGAUUUUAACCGCGCAGCCGCUCCUGGGCAGCGGAAUCGACAUCUUUGUUCCCCUUUUGCGACGGAGUAGCAACAAGGCACCGCCUGGGGCCAUUCUGGGUGCUAUGCUGGCACUGCCGGUUUUUGUGGCCUUCGCGUUUCUCGGUGUUCGUGUUUCUUCUGCAGAGCCCCGCUUUAAUAUCGCCGCGCCCAGCGUGGAUGAAGAUGACGGUGACGGUCCGGAACCGGAUCGGACGGAAGCCAUGAAAGCAAUCAAGUCCUCGAGGGCGAGGUCGCGUUCCACCAAACGCACGAGGUCGAUGAGCAGGUCAACUUCCGGCGUUGCUACGAAACAUGAAAAGAUGAGAGAAUCAUCUGCAAAGAAAAGCUUUCGUGGCAGCUCCGGACGUGCAGGAACAAGGGUGGACCUUUCUUUACUGGGAUACGUGAAAACAACGUUAGUUGAUGCGGCGUCACCGCUGUGGUGGUUUUUGUUUCGGGUCUACUGCUUACUGUGGGUUCCCCUAGUUUUGCUGCAAGCGCCGGCGGGCAUUUUUCCCGGAUUCACCCAAGACAAGCCAAAGGUAGUAUACGCGCACCAUCUGGAGCACCGUUUUUGCGACGCCGCCCAGGUUAUCAAGUGUAAAAGUGUCUGGGUCUGGAAGAAUUCAUGUUUGUGUUUGUCAUGCUAGUCUGGCAUGACUCUUAAAUCUGUCAUGCACGUUACCCACGAGCUCCGUCUUUCUGUGAUGCAGAGGCGCAGUUUGUCAUGCGGAAUAGGCAACACCUAGGAGCUCAGAAACUUGUCAUGCUGAGCCAGCAUCUGUAGCCUCAUCAUGAGACGCCACCCAGCAUCACAAGUUUCCAGACCCAGACAUUUUUACAUUUGAUACAGGUUUGCUAUGACCGGCGGGACGGUCUCUGGUUUGCGGCAUUGGAUUUUCUCGGGUUGGAUUUUCCGGGCACAGGUUUCGCCGGCGCGGCGCGCACAGAUCUUGCCAAGCGUCUGACCUUCGACGCGCUUGUCACAAAUAUUUCAGGAGCAAGUGCGACGACAAGAGAUGAAGGAGCAGCAGGAGGAGGCAGCGAUGAACGAGUUAAAGAUGUGGCCUCCAGUGGUCCUCGUGCAGAUGCAUCGAUGAAUCAAAAAAUUCUUCACGAGCCCAAACCAAUUUACGGACCGCUGCCAUUCGCGUUGCCCCUACGGAAAGUAGUGGAGGAUGCGAAGACCCGUUUUUUACCCUUGCCAGAUCCAUCAAGUAGGUUUACCAAAGAAGAAAAAAUAGGCACCACAACAAGAAGAACAUCAAACGGAAACCCCGAAACCGCAAAAACUACAAGCAGAAAAAGGAGUAGCGAGGAGCAGGAGGAACAUCAACUAUUACAGGAGGAAAGGUCCUUGUGGAUGAAAGUUCGGCCUCUCGAAUUCAAGGUCCGACACGAAUGGGUCGAGUACAACGACAACAGGACGGAAGACGCAGAUGCUCCCCAGGAGCUGCACUUCGAGGACGCCAGCCAAGAAAUUUCCUUCUACCGAACGUGGCCCAGAAGUGCCGCGUCGUUCACAACAUCUUCCUCCUCGCGCGGAGGUGAAUACUAUAAAAAUGGUGACCACAUGCACGUCGAGGAGGAGAUGAAAAAUAGUACCACAACAUCAACAAGUACAAGUUCCAGCACCGAGAAGGAGAAUGCGAAGAAGACCCUGCGCACGCAUGUGUCCCUAACGUGUGACCAGGGUGCCCAGGCCAAGCUUGUCCUCCCCGCCGCCGAGGUCGUGGAUUGGUCUUUUGCGCACGACCAGGUCAUUGCGGGAAGCGUCAGCGAGACGUCGGGCCGGCGUCUGCCCCCGCCGCGGAACGACUGCGACUGCCACUGGAUCCAACUGCAGUCCGUCCACCGGAACGGAACCUGGUCGUUUUCGUUCGAUGGUGCCGUCGAUCGUUUUGAGUUACUCUGUGAGCGCCCGGACUUCCUCACGGAGUCGCUGCAGGAGCAGGUUUGGAAGCGGCAUCCGCCCUGGGUCAGCAUCACGUAUUUGGCCAUGGAGUCUGUGUACGUAUGGAACCGAGUCGACGUGGCGGCCCCGGAGAGCUAGCUAGCACACAACGUCGUGCAGUGAAAUCUGCUGCAACCUGGCGAAGUGCAAGAUCUUGUUUUACCAGCAGCUCUAAUGUUGAAAAAAAAAGGAAAAGGAAUAUUAUGACUCUUUUUGUAUAAUUUUCGUCCACCUGCAGGAAAAAAAAACAAGCUCGACAACUCGAAGGUGCUGCUUCGGUUCUGGC